AUGUCGGGGUCCGCAAAACGAUGUCAUGAUGGUGGGGGAGGCAACCUAUCGAAGAGGAGCAAGAAAUCAAACCUCUGGUUCAACAAGAGCAAUACCCGCCAAUGGAGUUGCAGACGGGUCAUCGAAAAAGGUGAUGCGGGCAUUUUUGUAACCUCCAGCAGAGGAAAGGAGGCAAAGUGUGUCUCGGAGAUGAUAGACCUGCUCUAUCAAGACUUGGAAAAGAACAAACACUCAGGGAAAUCAACACGAGAUGGAGCAGCCUCUGCCUCCGAAGAUGCUAAUAAUAAACCAGAGGAAAAAGAAGAGCAUGAAGAAGAUGAUAUCGAGGCCCAAAUCCGCAAAGAAGUCGACGACAUGAAACCAGACAAAUCCAAAAAGGACAGCAGCCCCUUCCAGACCGUGAAACUUGACAUUCCAUGCCUCUCCUUCAUAAAAAUCGAUAAAUCCCUGGACCCUGUCCAAAUCGCCCACCGCCUCUGCACAGAUGCACAGGCAAACCCAGACACGAAGCGCAGCCGCUGGAUCCAGCGAAUAACACCUAUAUCACGAACAGAAAAAGUCCUGGGCGGUGGCCUCGAGCAAUUAUCCCGUGAAGUUCUCAAACCGCAUUUCCACUCCGGCGGGCCACCGAAGAAGUACGCAAUCCGACCCUCCAUAAGAAACAACACAGAAUGGAAUCGAGACAUCGUAAUCCCCCUCGUAGCCAAAAUCGUCGGACCAGGCCACUCCGUCGAUCUCAAAAACUACGACGCGUUGAUAUUAGUCGAUAUCGUCCAGAACAUAUGCGGCAUGAGUGUCGUCGGACGCGACUAUGACGAGUUGAAAAAAUACAAUAUCUCUGAAAUAUACGAUCCAACCCCGAAACCCCCCAGGCCGGCGAAGACUGUAGCGGAGGGAGCAGCGAGCGAUGAUGCGAAGGCUGAGGAGGCUCCAGCAGAGACGGGGGCAACGGCAUGA